AUGAAGUAUGUUGUGGUGGAUUACCUUUGGUAUAGAAGGAAAGUUAAAGGCGCUUACACUGAUUCUCUGGGUUUUGAUGUAAUUGACGAAUGGGGGAGGAUGAUUCCUGAUCCAGGUAGAUGGCCUUCCUCCAGAGGAGGGAAAGGGUUCACUGAAGUGGCCAGGAAAGUUCAUAGCAUGGGUUUGAAAUUUGGGAUUCAUGUUAUGAGAGGUAUAAGCACGCAGGCGGUCAAUGCGAAUACCCCAAUCUUAGACAUCACCAAGGGAAGUGCUUAUGAAGAGUCUGGACGCCAAUGGCACGCAAAAGAUAUAGGACUAACAGAUAGGCUUUGUACAUGGAUGCCUCAUGGUUUCAUGAGUGUAAAUACGAAGUUGGGAGCUGGAAGAGCAUUUUUGAGGUCCCUCUAUCAACAGUAUGCCGACUGGGGCGUUGAUUUUGUGAAAAAUGACUGUGUAUUUGGUGACGAUUUGAAUAUAGAUGAGAUCAGCUUUGUGUCAGAGGUCUUGAAGGAAAUUAACCGCCCCAUCCUUUAUUCCCUUUCUCCAGGAACUAGUGUGACACCAACCAUGGCAAAGGAUGUAAGUGGUCUAGUCAACAUGUACAGGAUAACUGGGGAUGAUUGGGAUUCAUGGGGAGAUGUUACAGCCCAUUUUGAUGUUGCAAGGGACUUUUCUGCUUCUAACAUGAUAGGAGCUAAGGGGUUGCUGGGGAAGUCGUGGCCCGACUUGGAUAUGCUACCAUUUGGCUGGCUUACUGAUCCAGGUUCAAACGAAGGUCCUCACAGAUAUUGUAAUCUUAAUGUAGACGAGCAAAGAAGUCAGAUGACUCUGUGGUCCAUGGUCAAAUCACCUCUCAUGUUUGGAGGAGAUAUGAGAAAGCUUGAUGAAAUAACAUUCAAUCUCAUCACAAAUCCUAUUCUACUGGAAAUAAAUUCCUUCAGCUCAAACAAUAUGGAGUUUCCUCAUAUUACUGGUGGAAAGCCUGUUCACCUUAGUAAGCAAGGUGUGCAAUCAAACAGUGUAGCAGAUGUGAAGGCAUCAGAAACACAUUUUUUAGGACUUUCUAGCUGCAAGGAUUCCAAGUCCAAAGGUUGGUCCAUCAAAGCUAUAGAUGAUGAUCUUGAACAAGUCUGUUGGGAAGGAAACUCAAGAAGCAAACCUCAUGCUCCUUUUUGUUUAUACAAGAGAAGACCUCUUUCUGCAUCAGAUGAAGACACGAUGCAUACGCUGCAAAAUCAAGGGAAAUUCCAUUUACAUGCAACAGACACCAUGGAAUUCUGUUUGCAUGCUUCUCCAAAACAGAAACUUACUUCUAAAGAGUUCAAGAGAGGUUCAUUUUCACCUUGCAGAUGGGAAGCCAACCAGAUGUGGGAGUUGAACCAUAAUGGAACCCUUGUUAACAGUUAUUCUGGUCUAUGUGCUUCUUUGAAUACAAUCAAAGCUAAUGCUGGUUCUGGGGGGAUUCGCUCUUGGAUUGCAACCGGAAGGAAAGGAGAAAUAUAUCUUGCAUUUUUCAAUCUGAAUUCUGAAAAGAAUGUCAUUACAGCCAAGGUGUCGGAUCUUGCUACUGUACUUCCAGGCAAAAUUUUGAAUGAUGCUUCUUGCACAGGAACCGAAGUAUGGAGUGGGAAAAACUAUGGACUAAUAAAGAAUCAGUGUCAAUAG